AGCCUUCAGUUCUGUGCGUCGCUCCGCAGACAGUCCUUCCGGCUUGACCGCCAUCACAGACAGCAGAUAUGGCUAUUCGCUAUCCUAUGGCCGUUGGCCUCAACAAAGGCCACAAAGUCACCAAAAAUGUAACUGCUCCCAAACACAGCCGCCGACGUGGGCGUCUGACCAAGCACAGCAAGUUUGUCAGGGACAUGAUCCGUGAGGUGUGUGGCUUUGCUCCAUAUGAGAGGCGAGCCAUGGAGCUGCUGAAAGUGUCCAAGGACAAAAGAGCCCUCAAGUUUAUCAAGAAGAGGAUUGGUACCCACAUUCGUGCCAAGAGAAAGAGGGAAGAGCUGAGCAACGUGCUGGCUGCCAUGAGAAAGGCUGCCGCCAAGAAAGACUAAUUUGUCGCUCAAUAAAUGUUGAAAUAAAAUUUUUGGUCUUCA